UCACAACAGCACUGGAAAACCUUCUAAUAUUUUCCACUGAGAAACUGGUCUCCGUUUUCACAAAUGCUGUUGUUGCGGAUGUCACUGGGUAGGUAGACACCAGUAAGUAUAAUGUUGAGGUCUCUAUAAAUUGUUUUGCUUUGUGGGCCACAGACAAAUUAGACAUGCUUAUUUGACAGUGUGAAUGAAAUCUUUUUGUAUAUACACUGAAUGCAGUCUGGGUGGCUGAACAGUUGAAUUGGCACUAAACUCAAUUUUGUAUUUAAGAAUAACUGACUAAUAUGCAAGACGGUUUUUAUCUAUAAUGAAUGUAAAUAAAAAAUAAGGCUCAGGUCAAACAACUGUUGUACAAUUCGAUGUUCUGAGAGUUCAAGCAUCACAAUCAUAAGUGGUUAGUGGGUAGUUUUGUAAGUAUCUGGGAGUGUAAAUGGAGGUCUUGUGGUACAAUUGAUAGUCAACUGACAACGAGAAUAAAAAAAUAAAAGAAAUGGUGCGAAAAGCUAUAGGUCCUCCAAAGCUAUCGCCCGUUUUCCAUCUAUAGUGCACAUAGGCUUUAUCGAGAUAUUUGUACCAGAGACUAUGGCAGAAGCCUUCCUUUACGCUCUUUGCUUGUACCCACUGGACUCUACGCUUUAUGCUUGUACCACCACCAACCAACUGUUGCUUAAAGUUCACGUCAUUGGGAAUUUUCAUUCGAUUGGCUGUUACUCGUAUGAAGGGUCUCUCUCAGUGCAGGGUGUCUUAGGAAAUGGAGUCUCUUCGUAAAUGAAUGAAGUAGGAAUCCUUGGAAGAAGGCGAAAAAACAACUACAGAUCCCAGAUAUGUUAUAGUUUUAUUUCCUGCAGCAGGGGUGCUCCCCAAUAUGUGUGACCUCAGGCACCCGUUUUGUUUGAGUGUGUUCAACUUUUGAGGUGGCAAACAUUCUUCAGAAACGUCCGAAACAGUAAAAUAAGAAAGUCCAUUUGCAAGUAGUAAAGGAUUAUACGGGGGGCUGACGGGAUGUCGGAGUUGAGUGACGAAGCCAGCGAAUCGGAGCAACUGGGAGCCAGUCUGUCUUUGUGGUUGGGGGGCACUGGAGGGCAGUUGGUGCGCCCCGAAGAGCUGGAUGUUCCCCUCGACCUCCACACUGCCUGUUCUAUCGGGCAAUAUGACGUGGUGGCUGAAUGCAUACGCAGAGGGGAAGUAGACCUGGAUUGUAAGAAUAUUGGUGGUUGGACACCCCUGAUGUAUGCUGCCUAUAUUGGCCAUGACAAUAUCGCCAAUCUACUUCUGGAAGCUGGCGUGGGUGUCAAUGCCACUACUCCUAAAGGCCACACUCCUCUAAUGCUGGCAGCCAGUUGUGGGAAUGAGAGCAUCGCUUACUUCCUGCUGCAGCAAGGUGCAGAGCUGGAACUGGAGGACACCAGAGGCUGGACAGCCUUGUUCCAUUGCACUAGUGCUGGACACCAGCAGAUGGUGAAGUUCCUACUGGACAACCUUGCUAAUGCCAACGUAAAAGAACCCAUUUCUGGCUUUUCUCCCUUGAUGGAGGCUGCUGCUUCAGGACAUGAAAUCAUUGUUCAGUACCUUCUGGAGCACGGGGUAAAGGUGGAUGAGAGAAAUGCUAAAGGAGAGACUGCCCGCACAUUGGCUAUGCUGUAUGGCCACACUAAGAUUGCCAGCCUCAUCGAUAUGCACUCCAUGAGAUCCAAACAAGAUCUCAGCUCAUCGGAGGAUUCUGACAGUGCUCCCCCAAGGUCUCGUCUCAGCCGCAGUAAAGUCAAGGGGCCCAGUAUCCAUGACGGCCCACAAGCCAUCGCCAAGUUCAGAGUUGGAGGCACCAGCCGACACUCCGAGCCCACACUGGCACCACCAGGCUACGUGACCUUUCAAGAUGAAGGGGAACACAGUGAGGGUAUUUGUAACCGUGAUGUCACCUCACCCAUCAAUGAUCUGGAUGGACAGAGCAACAGCAGCAGAGAUGAGAGUCCCUUCUUUGACAAUGACAUGCCCACCAUGAGGAGCAGCAGCAGCAGCAGCGAGGGGCUCCCGCGCAUGAUCGGCCUGAGCCGCGAAGCCUCUCUGGAGAGCAACGAGGAUUCUGACCAGGCCAAGCGGACCUCCGCCCGCAGAGUCAGCAAGGGCCACCACCACAAGAGCAAGAGUCGCCACGGAAGCAGUGAAGCCGCUCAGCCUGGUAGCACUGCGAACUGUGGCGUGCACCCGUCGUCCAGCCAGGCCCCCUCCUACACGGGUCCCAAGGACCUGGCUGAGUUUUUGGAGCAGAUCGGCUUUUCCAAAUACCUCUCCCGACUGGAAGAGCAAGACAUUGACCUACGCAUCUUCCUCACCCUCACUGAGAACGACCUGAAGGAAGUGGGCAUCACGCUGUUCGGGCCCAAGCGGAAGAUGACGUCCGCUAUCGCCAGGUGGCACAGCAGUGCCCGGCCUCCCAGCGACGCUCUGGAGCAGGCUUAUGCUGACCAGCUGGAGGCCGAGAUGCAGGAGAUGGCCAUCCAGCUGCACAAGCGGUGCGAGGAAGUGGAGAAUCUGCAAGGUCAGGUGUCCCAAGAGAGGGAGCUGCGCACCGUGAUGGAGGGAUGUCUGAUGGAGGAUAAGAUGGCUUGGAGAAGAGUGCACAGUGAGCUGUUGGAGACCCACAGGCUGGCCCAGGAUAUGGGCACAGCCCUGGAGAAAGUGCGGGCCUGUCAGACGGAGCUUUUCUCUCGCCUGCGGAGCGACGGGACGAUUAUGCGCCAGGGUGACGCCAAGGUCAAGCUGAAGGGCGAGACGGGUGGAAAAGGAAGUGAAGCCUUCGAAGACGGCUUGAGGUCCCUCAGUCUCACAGAGCUCAUGUCUAAGCUAGAAGGCUAUGAGAAUGAGAUGGGAAGUGAAGCCUUGCAAGAAGGCUUGAGGUCCCUCAGUGUCACAGAGCUCAUGUCUAAGCUAGAAGGCUAUGAGAAUGAGAUGGGAAAGAACCUCCAGGUAGUGGCACACAGCCUGAAGAGACUGAGUGCUACCGAGAAGGGCACAGAGCACUGGGAAGAGUCCUAGCUGGAAAUGGUCUCGUGACGGUGCUUUAACUGACGGAGGGUGACAUCGCCACCCUGAAAAAACUUGCCAGGAAGACAAGGGUGUAAGCCUUGGAGCAGGAGCUGGCCGGUCGUAGGACAAGCAGGCUGGCGGGCAGAUGCCCCCCCCCACACGCCUGUGCUGGAGACACGUGGGACUGGAUGAUGCUGUGUCAGAGGAUGAGAGGGGCUAGCAGGUUAUCUGUCAACAUGCUGUAGACAAGUGCUAGCCUAGCCGGUGCCUCGCUCACUGAAAUGCCCCCAUUCUCAGACCACGCUGCAUUCGCUAUGCCAUUCACUUCUUAAGCACGACACACAGUCGUUGUGCACAGAAAUAUAUGUGUCAACCACUGCGGAGAUCUCAUGCAGGAAUAAUUUACAUUGCAAAAGAGAAACUGCUCUUCAUUGCUCAAAAUUCAAUGGUAUUUUCUAUACAGAUAAUAUUGCAUAAAUUAGUGAGAAAUUAAUUAUGCAAAUUAUUCUGUUGAUUAAAAAAUGUCUUCAGAUACUGGUUUAAAAUUUGGGCUUUAUUGUGUAAGUCUAUUGAGUCCAUCCUGCAAACUUGGGCGAAACUACGAAGAAGUCAGGAAAUGGUGGUUGCGGUAUAUCAUCCUUUCGGUCACCUAUUCUGGGAUCUGUGAAUCACACACCAUGUGUAAACUUGCAUCUAUUAGAGUUUGCUAUGAAUAUUAUAAUAAUUAAAAAUGAAAUGUUGUCAAUUAA